AUGCAUGGAGGGUUCCCCCCCAAACCCAGCCCCCUGAGACUGUACACAAGCCGUAAGGAAGGAGGCAGAGGACUAAUUCCUGCUGGUCUGUCCAACCACACAACCCGCCUGUUUCUGAAUAAGAACCGGCUCAGCUCUCUGCCAGCGUUCUGCUUCUCGGACCUGUUCCUGCUGGAUGAACUCGACCUCUCCCACAACCAGCUCUCCUCUCUUGAACCCGGGUGUUUCUCCGGCCUGGCGUUGUCUCUCCGGUUCCUGGACCUCUCCUCCAACCGGCUCACCACAUUGGACCCGGCAGUUCUGGGUGGAAUACAGGUCCAAGCCAACCUGAGCCAGAACCCGUGGCACUGCGACUGCAGCAUGCAGGUGUCCAUAACCCAGCUGGACAUGGACAAGUCCUCUCUGGAGAAAGUCAUCUGUGAGACUUCGGACCUCCCUAACCUCGGAGCUACUGGGCUGCCACUGGUCUUACUGGUGCAGGACUGGGACCUGUGUCAGUCUGUGAGGAGAACCACCGACUUCCUGACGUUGAUCACCAUGCUCCUCUGGUUCAUCAUGCUCCUUUCCUACCUGAUCCACUACAUCCGUCAUAACAAAGUGGUGGCCCGACGACACAUGGAGUACCUGAAGUUCCUGGAGAGCCGGGACCCGUUCAGACCCCGAUGAGUCUGAUGACCCCGGAUGACCCCGGACGACCCAAGAACCCUCAGCAAACCACCUGAAAGGCCUUUAAAGCUGCAGUUUGUAAUUUUUAUAAAGAAUAUUUGUUAAAACUGUCACCAUGACUUGACUGUUUGUUAUGAGACAGAUAAUUUGUGAAAAGAUUAAUCUCUAUUCACUUGUAAAGAAAUGAACUGCUCCCGACCAAAAACAACCAAUCAGAGCCAGGAGGAGGGUGUUAGUGCUGUCAAUCAAGCUCAUGUGCUUACAGAGAAGAAAAAACUUGCUGCUACAGGAAAACCGUUUAUCCAUUGUCAUCUGUGGCUAUGCUAACUAGCUUUAGUAUUGACGCUAGCAGAGAGUAAAGGUGAAGAGUUGAGAGAUGAUUGACAGCGGUGAGUCCCGCCUCCUGGCUGUGAUUGGUUGUUUCUAGUUCGCACUGGGAGAUGGCAGAAGAGCUCUAAUUUUUUCACAGAUUAACUCUCACAUUAUACAGUCACAACUCAAAGACAGUUUCAACAAAUAUGUAAAGAAAUUAUUUAUAAAAGUUACAUACUGCAGCUUUAAACCUGAUUCAAAAUGAUUGUUUCUGAUCCACAAGCUACAUUCACACAGCAAGCAAAUGCAAGUUAUAUCUGGAUUUUUCACGACUGUCCAAACAGUUUAAUUCUGAUAUGUUCACAGGAAAAACUACAUGAGAUAUGUUCCACUUCCAGAAGUUUUCCCUUCACACAGAAGUUUGAUUGCGAUCUCAUUUAAUUAGUAACGUGAACGACCACGCAAAAAAAUAUAAGGAUUUCAGAAAAAAAAAAAAAAAUUGAAAAUGAGCAUCAAGACCCGCUCUGGGAAUGUAGCCAAGUAUAAUCAAGCUAUGACUCCUGCAGAACCUUUCAGAACCAUAAAACCGCGGGUCAAAGGUCAAGGACUUACCAGUAGUUAAUCCCUAGCAGUUCCGUUUAUUGGAUGUUUUUAUAGAACUCCCACAGAACCAGAUGGACUUUUCCAAGGAUGUUAAUGAUGAUGACAACAAACCUACAACUCUGAAAGUCUUUCCUUGCACACAUCAUCCUUUCAGAGCUCAACCUGUGAACUGUAUAUGUGCUGUUUCCGUGGUAACUGCCUCCCAGCUCAGGGUUCACAACCUCCUGACUCAGUCUGCAUCUGUUCACCUGAUUUAUGUGCUAAAAAUGUCAAAUAAAUCCUGUAAAGUCA